AUGGCUCACGGUGGCUACGGCAAGCGCCGAGUAGCCGAGCGUCAGCAAGCCGGCCGUCGCCGGCCGAAAUCCCUGGGGGUUGAUAAAAAAGCCAAGCCAAAGGCCGUUUCCGUUAAGAACCAAAUUCGUUCUAUCGAACGCAUGCUCCGCAAAGAUCUGCCGCCUGCAGUUAAAGAGGCCCAAGAAAAGAAGUUGGAUGGACUCAAGAAACUUCAAGAGGAACAGAAUCGUAAGGCUAUGGCCCAGAAGAUGAACUUACGUUAUCGGAAGAUCAGAUUUUUUGAGAGAAGAAAGAUUGAGAGGAGGAUAAGAAGAGUGGAGAGACAACUGCGUGCUUUGACUGGUGAGGCCCGUGAAGCGGAGCUAGCUGAGCAACUUUCUAAGUCAAAAGAAGAUCUUCUGCAAGACCUUGAAUAUGUUAGGUUCUUUCCGAAAGAUGAAGAGUAUGUUCCAUUGUUUACGGGAGGGGAAGGUGUGGAAAUUACUGAAAAAAGGAACUCACUACGUAAGCUGGUUAAGGCAAAGCUUGUUGAUGCAGCAGCAAAUGGGAGGGAUGUGGAAGAGACAGGGAGUGAGGAGGAUGGUCUUCUUGAUCCAAGUGAUGAUGAUUUCUUUUUAUCUGGAAGCUCAAGCGAUGAUGCUGAUGCAGAUGAUGAAGGGACAGAUAAAAGUAUAAGGGAACAAGCUUCGAGUGCUUCUGGUAAAGCAGCUUCAGGCAUGUCUAGCGAUGAAAGAAAUCAGAGGCAGAUUUCAGCUCGUGCAUUAAUGCCUCCGCCUAGACCAUCAAAAAAAUCAUUUCAUGGUUCUUCUAAUGACAAGAGGGUUGGAAAAUCUUGGAGUAAAAAACCAGCCUUCCAUAAGCCAGAAAUGUCUACAUCUAGCAAUACAUCUAACAGCAUUGGCUUCAGAAAUCGACGGUCAUCAGAUCCAGUAACAGGGAACAGCGAUAAUGUAAGUUCCAAUUCUGAUGCUCGAAAACCUCGAAGGAAGAGAAGGCCAAAGAAGAAAAACAAGCAGGCCUGA